GACUCAGGCAUCUAAAACAGUUUCCUAACUACUGAAACAUCUGAUCUUCACAGGGAUUACAGGUCAAAUACAAGAAAAGCAAUGGAGUAUUAUGGCUAUUACAAACAUAAGGAUUUCCCUCUCAUAAACCCAAAUAUAUGCUUGACUGAUGGUUUCUGUAUCUUCUACCUGGUGGUCAACAUUGUCACCUUCCUGGUUGGGGUUUUUGGGAACGGCCUGGUCAUCUGGAUCGCUGGACUCAAGAUGAAGAAGACGGUCAACACCACCUGGUACCUCAGCCUGGCCGUGUCCGAUUUCAUAAUCUGUUUUGUCUUUCCACCCUUUUACAUCAUCAUCCUUUUUAAAGAGGUGUGCGUCAAGGGGCUUUUCAUGUGUAACUUCACCUUUGCUCUGAUAUUCAUCCCUUUAUUCAGCAGUGUCUUCCUCCUGGUCAUCAUCUGUGUUGAUGGCUGUGUGUCUGUGUUGUUUCCAGUCUGGUCUCAGAACAUUCGUACCAUCAACAAGGCCUCUGUUGUUGUGGUACUGACCUGGUUGUUGUCUGUUGCCCUCAGCACCCGCUAUAUGUUUGCGGGUGAAAAUUACAGGGACAAGAUAGUGGCAAGUCACUUCAUUGGUGGCUUUGCAGUGCCCUUCCUCAUCAUCUUCUUCUGUUACUCUUUAACUAUCCCGAGACGAAUGAUGAGUGUGCCCUCCAAGUCCCUCAGAGUAAUGACUGCCCUGAUCGCCAUGUUCAUCAUCUGUUGGUUGCCCUUCCAUGUCUUCAUGUUGUUACCCCCGAACCCCAUGUAUUACAGCCCAGAGGUCAUAAGAAGUGGCCUUAUAGUGGGAGUAACAUUAGCCACAGUCCAUAGUUUCCUCAGACCAGUGUUGUAUGUUUGCAUGGGGAACAAUGUCUCACAGACACUCAAGAGGUCCAUAGUUGGAAGGAUUGAGAAUGUCCUUGGAGAGGAAGACCCCCCCACCACCAGCCAUGAAACAUCCACACAAGGAUGA